CACACGCACGAAAUCUACACACAUUAACACAUACAUGCAUAUAUACGCUUAGAACACCACGUACAUAUACUUAUAUUAAUACAUAGAUACACUCACACCACACGUAUAUAGACGAUUAUUUUAACACCUACCCGUGUUAAUAUAAAGCAAGAAACAACACAUAUACAUAUAAAUAUGAACACGUUCAUAUAUACACAUAACAUAUAUGCGUUUAUAUCAACACAAAUACAUAUAUCAAUAGAAAGAGAAACAUAUGUACGUGCACUCACAUACAUACACACACGCUAAAUACAUUUAUACAUGCCACGCACACUAACAAACAUAUAUGUGUAUAUAUAUCAGAAAUAACACACAUAAAAAUACUUAUACACUAUGUAUAUGUGUGUGUAUGUGCGUACACGCAGUAUACACAAACUAAACAAACAUACAAUAAAUGAAUACGUAUACACGAUAUACAAAUACAACACACGCACAUAAAUAUAUAUAUAUAUACACAAACGCAUACGCAAUACAUACAUGUACAUGUACACAAUAUAGAUAUCGUUCACACAAUUACAUACACACUCAUAAAUGUACACACUAUAGAUAGGAUUUACAUAUAUACACACAUACGCACAUACAUAUACACGUACACACGCACAUACAUACAUAUCCUGACACGUUUACACAUACACGCACACACACAUACAUAUCCUGACACAUUUACACAUACACACACACACACACACAAAACAUGGCGACUCAGUUUGCAGACGACGGUGGUUCCGCAAAAAGCAGUUUCGUUAUCUUGGACCUUGAGGUGGAUGCCGAUAGUUUACUAUCUUCAUCGCCAUCGUCAUUAUCUCCUUGUCUGUUGUGUUGUUGCGGUCGACACAUGAUGAUGGUGGACAGGAAGAAGACUAACAACAAAGAGGAAAAUAACUGCAAGAGCAUCAGCAAAAAUGAAGAAAUCUCCCUUUAUAGGGACCACGAGAUCCCGGACUUUCUAAGGAUCAACCGCUACAUUGUACGGGGCUAUAGGUCCCUCCUGCCCGUCCAUCUCUGUCUGAAAAGUUUAUUUAUCUGGAGCAAUGAAACCAUCAAUAUCUGGUCCCAUCUUCUUGGCUGUCUCAUAUUUGCGGUUCUGCUGAUGUAUGAUAAUGUCUAUGCCAUUCCAAAGAUAUCCGGUUCCUUUAUGGAUCACAUCAUCUGUAGUAUAUCUCUCAUAUGUUUUCAGAUUUGUAUGAUUAGUUCUGCUUCAUAUCAUGUCUUUUACUGUCAUUCCCCUAAAGCCAAUAUCCGGUGGUUGGCUAUUGACCUGUCUGGAAUAAUAUUUGGUCUGAUGGGAUGUUACAUUCCUGGGGUGCAUUAUUCAUUUUAUUGUUUAGUGGAAUGGGAAAGAAUAUAUAUGAUUAUUAUAGUGAUUCUAUCAGUGAUAAUUUUAUCAAUUCAACUGAAGCCUAAACGGUUGAACAACUCUUUGACUUUCACUUUGUCUCGCGUACUGAUGUACAGCUGUUUAGCUAUCUAUGGCAUCAUUCCUGCAGCACACUGGAUAUACUUGAAUGGAGGAUGGGAGAAUAAAGUUGUCCAGGUGUUUGUCCCUAAAAUAGUUGUCAUGUAUUUAAUUGGUGUCGGUGCUGUCUUCUUCUAUUUGUCUCAGGUACCAGAAAGAUUAGCUCCAGGAAUUUUUGACAUCGUCGGAGCCAGUCACCAAAUUUGGCACAUCUUUAUCUUCUCAUCUCUUGUGUGGUGGCGCAAAUCUUACAUGGAACUCUUAGACUAUCGCCUGCAGUACCCUUGUGUCCACAAAGCAUCCACAUAACAUCCAACAGAUCUUUUUAGGUUUUACAAAACAAAUUAUUUUGGAAAUUCCAUUUCUUAAUUAGCAUCUCUAAUUAGAUUUUCGUGUCUUUCAAAUCUCACCUCCUCCCACCACAAUUUUAUAACCUCCUCCUGUCACAAUUUUACCUCCUCCUCUUCUUCUUCUUCUUCUUCUUCUUCUUCUUCUUCUUCUUCUUCUUCUUCUUCUUCUUCUUCCUUUUCUUCUGCUUCCUCUUCUUCUUCUUCUUCUUCUUCUUCUUCUUCUUCCUUUUCUUC